CCUUCUCUUCUCAGCUUUAACAAAAUGCUUUAACAGAGGUCGCCCAUUACUCCAACUUUUCCCUUCUGGCCCUAGUGCCUGCCCAUGAAUCUUCUCUAAGAUGCAGGUUUUUUUUCUCCACUAAUACUUUAUUUUUUCUAAUUACAUAUAUAGUUUUCAACAUUCACUUGAAGAUUCUGAGUUCCAAAUUUUUUUCUGCUGCUCUUCCCUUUCCUCUCCCCCAAACAGCAAGUAAUCUGAUUAUACAUAUACACUAAUUUUAAAUGUAUUUUCCAUAUUCUUAUUUUUUCUAAUUACAUAUACAGUUUUCAACAUUCACUUGAAGAUUCUGAGUUUCAGAUUUUUUUCUCCUCCUCUUCCCUUUUGAACUCCUCAAAAGAGCAAGCAAUCUGAUCUAGGUUAUACAUGUACAGUAAUUUUCAACAUAUUUUCAUAUUAUUUGUGUUGAGAGAAAAAUCAGAACAAAAGGGAAAAAACACAAAGAAAAAAAUGAAAACGGUAUGCUUCGAUCCACAUUUAGUCUCGCUAGUUCUUCCUAUGGAUGCGGAUGGCAUUUUUCUUCCCAAGUCUAUUGGAAUUGUCUUGGAUUACUGUGUUGCUGAGAAGAGCCACAUCCAUCACAGUUGAUCAUCACAUAAUCUUGUUGCCGUGUACAAUGAUCUCCUGGUUCUGCUCACUUCACUCAGCAUCAGUUCAUGUAAGACUCUCCAGGCUUCUCUGAAACCAUCCUGCUGGUUGUUUCUUACAGAACAGUAAUAUUUCAUAAUAAUCAUAUAUCACAAUUGAUUCAGCCAUUCCCCAACUGAUGGGCAGCCACUCAGUUCCCAGUUCUUGCCGCCACAAACAUUUGUGCACACGUGGGUCCUCUUCCCUCCUUCACGAUCUCUGGGAUACGGGCCCAGUAGUGAGACUGCAUCCAACCUUUUCUUGAUUGCUCGGGGGUGGGGAGUGCUCGCCCUCAGCAAGGCGGUCCAUCCCACUGUGGAGCAGCCCAGCUGGCUAGGAAGUCCCCUGUAUAACCAUCCGUCGGUUCCAGUUCUCCUCGGGCCCAAGCGCCCGCUUGGCUGUGUCCUGUGGCCGUAUGUCUCAUGUCUUCUCUCUUCAUCCUCCUGUGAGUGUGGUUCGCCUUGGCCAACAUCCCCCUGCCCUAGGUGGGAGACCCCGGAGCGGGAGCAGGCCGCGCUGUCGGCUGCUCCGUGCAGACACUGUCUGCUCUGUCGGCUUGUUUGGUCCUUUUCCCAGGAGAGCUUUCUAGCUGUGUCCCUUUAGGUGUGGGCAGGAAGAUGUGGGUUCCAACGACUCCUCGGCGGCUAAACCUGCCGUCAGGACCCUGGGGAAGCCAUGAGGCCAACUGGAGCCUCAGUUUCCCCACCUGUAGGAGAGGGGUAGCCCAUGCCCAACUUUCCAACUCCGGCUCCUCCAAACCACCUGGAAGGGAGUCAUGGGCUUUUUUCCUUGUGGCUUGUUUCUGAGAAAGGAGCUCGCCCUGGGAGGCUGAUGGAGCUCCCAAGCCUCACACCCCGCAAGUGAUUAUAGGGGUUUUCUCCAAAAGUCAAAUCCCGUCACCUGGGGCUGGAAAAUCAGUGCCCUUCACUGCCCCCCCCCCCCCCCCAACCCGGACCUGGAGGCAGCUGCAGUGAUUUGAAUAACCUCUCUCCAGAGACAGCUUCCUCAAGGGGCCGUUGGAUGCCCUGCAGGGGGCCUGAUUUGACUGUCAAACACCCUCACCCCCUCCCUGCCCCACCCUGAGCCAUUGUCAAUUUAGGGAGUGGGCAGUGUGACCCUCCAAUGGGGUCAGCCUUCCCCACCUAACUCCUCCACCUACAGCUCGGGGCUCUCUUGCAGAGGCCUCUGGGAAAUGGCCCUCCCUCGAGGGCCUAGACUCCGCCUGUCAUAGAUUAGACUGUUUGUCCAGAGAAUCGCAAAUAGGCCCUUGAGGCGGGAGGGAGGGGGCCGAGGUAACUGGAGCCCAGGCAGGGCCGUUGGCUGAGGCCCUUCCCAGAUUUGCAUGGAGAGGAUGAGGAGGUCUAGGCCCCAUCCCCCCCUACCUCAUCCACCCGCUCCUAGAAACAGGACAUGCCUCGAUCCUUCCUGGUGAGGAGCUGCCGGCCCCAGCCCCGAGACUGGGGCCACCUCGCCGACCAGCACCGGGGAGACGCCUACGUGCCAGACUGCAGCCUGGACAAAGGGUCCCUGGACCAGGGAGGCCCCAAGGCGGGGUCCGUAGGCAGAGAGACCUCUGGACCAUCCUGCCCGCCUCCCAGCAGCCGGGAGGCCCAAGCCCGGGUGAGAGCCCCCGGCAAUCUCUGGGGGUGGGGAGCCUGGCCCAGGCGGGGGGAAGGAGAGGUGCCCCCGGCUGAGCAGGGCCCCGGGGGGCUGAGCUGCCCCCUCUGCCCUAAGGCUUUCCCGCUUCAGCGCAUGCUAACCCGCCACCUCAAAUGUCACAACCCUGCCCGGCGCCAUGUCUGCAGCUGCUGCACCAAAGGUUUCCACGAUGCCUUUGACCUCAAGCGGCACAUGAGGACGCACACAGGAAUCCGGCCCUUCCGCUGUCCGGCCUGUGGCAAAGCCUUCACCCAGCGGUGCUCCCUCGAGUCCCACCUAGGCAAGAUCCACGGGCAGCCUCCUCGCUAUGGCUACCGGGAGCGCAGGGAGAAACUGCACGUGUGCGAGGACUGCGGCUACACCAGCGCCCGCCCCGAGGACUACGCCCAGCACCGGGCCCUGCACCCCGGCCGGCCCUCAACCCUGGGCACCGCCUACCCCUGAGGAGGCCCCGCCCCCAAGCAGCACACCCCCUCCCCCCACAGAGCAGCCCGGAUGCCAAAAAGCCAAAAAUAAAAUGCUU